AUGCCGACCGCCUCAUUGUCCUCUUUUUGUGGACUGGACCGUGAAACUCGUGAUUCGUGCACGGGAGGUCGAGAUACUGAGGUUACGGCUAAAACUAGGUUCAGCGACUUUGCAGAUGGAGAGUGUGGAGAACCCUUUACUCCUCAUCAUUUGCACCUAGAUUUCACUCCUGACACAGAGGUAGACACACCCUUGGUUCAGCAAAAAAUCAUUGACUUCUGGGAUUUUGUCAACAGCACGCCUGAGUUACAGCACAUGUUGAUGAAACCGGACAAGUGUAUGUCAAUUGUGUCAGCAAUAAGUGAAGUCAAGAUUACUUCUCCAUCAAAACCAAAACUACAUAAAGAGGAAGUCGUGGAAAUGGACCACACUGCGAUCUCAUCACUCGGGUUAUUUAGUAAACCAGGAGUGAUAACUGAGACACCUUCAAUGCACACGUCCCUCUCUCCGGAUUCCAAAGAGAACAACCUAGACAUAAUAUUAUCAGGUGACCCGUUGAGCAGUGGCACAAGUAAAGCAGGGCGUCCACAGAAAAGCACUAAAAAAGCCAAGAAGCUGUGUAAGAUCCUAAACGAUUGGGACAACAACCAUCCUAAGUCCAUGGAUCCUCCUGGACAUCCACCACGGCUGGAGCAUUGCGUCAUUCAAAGACAAGUGUGGGGAGACUACCGUUGUAACUAA